CACGGCGAGGAUAAAGCAAGAUGGCGUCUGACGGUGAAGACCUUAUUGCAGUCGUCACAGUUCAGUGUUCUUAAUCUGUGCCUCCAUGUACACAUAUAUGUCCUUUAUUACACUCUAGUAAAUAGAGUAAACAUCGUUAAUAACUGUUUGCAUCCGGUUGUAUUAGUCUGAGCGCACUUUGAUGCUUCUCGAGCUAGCUUAGCCUGCUAGUUAGCUUAGCUUGUUAGCUGCUAACAAAGAGAGGCGGAAGUGAUCAAAACACAUCACUAAGUAGAGAUCAAGUGUGAGUGUAAAGUGUUGUGAUUGUGUGAAAAUGUGCCAAAGAACGACAGCAGAGUACGAGGAGGAACUUUGUCCAACAAAAGAGGAGAAGGAGCGACAACAUGAAAAACAUCAAGUUGUGUUACACAGAACAGCAUGAUCUGACACCUGCCCAAAGUGCCAAAACCACCAGUAACUGGUGUAUUGACCAUGGCAUUACUGUCCAACUCCCCCGACCUGAACCCCGUAGAGAAUUUGUGGGGUAUUGUGAAGAAGAAGAAGCUGAGAGACACCAGACCCAAUAAUACAAAUAAGACAUCCAUCAGCUGAUGGAACACCAAGAAGAAUGUCUCCCUCAUCUGCAGGGGGACAGUUUCACACAUCCACAGCCCCCCUAUUUUAAAGAGGAAGAGGAGGGAGAGUGUCCUGUAGGGCAGGAGGAGGCUGAUGUCAGCAAGUUUCCACUGACUGUUGUCUCUGUGAAGACUGAAGAGCAUGAAGACAAACCACCUGAGUCCUCACAGCUUCAUCACAGUCCAAACGUCCAGCAGCCCUCUCACAUUAAAGAGGAAGAGGAGGAAGUGUGGAUGAGUCAGGAGGGAGAGUGUCCUGUAGGGCAGGAGGAGGCUGAUGUCAGCAAGUUUCCACUGACUGUUGUCUCUGUGAAGACUGAAGAGCAUGAAGACAAACCACCUGAGUCCUCACAGCUUCAUCACAGUCCAAGUCCUCUCCUUAUUCCGAGUCGUAACGGAGACAAAGGAUCCGAACGCCUGAUGACACUCCAUCUCCACACCUCUAAUGUCCCAGUGACCCUAGCCUGCGAAUAUGGCCCCACUCUAAUGUCUACAGCAGAAGUGAAGGAUGCAUUUUAUGCCAACCUGAAUGAUGUCAUCAAGAACAUUCCCCCCAAGGAACAUCUCAUCAUCCUUGGUGACUUCUAUGCGAGAGUGCUGCUGACCAUGACUGGCCUUCCUGUCUUGGACACUUCGGAGUUGGCAAGGUCAUAGAGAACGGGCAACGGCUACUGGAGUUCUGUUCCUACCAUAACCCUUGCGUGACCAACUCCUACUUUCAGAUGAAACCACAGCACAAGGUGACAUGGCGCCAUCCCCGCUCAAAGCAUUGGCAUCAACCAAACAUGAUCCUGAUCCGACAAGCUCAAGUUUGUGCUUGUUAUUCAUA